GGCGGGCAGGGCUGGGAGGGGGCACAGCCCGGGGGUCCCGCAGAGCCUCCCUGCUCCAGAGCCGCAGCUGCGGCAAUGGGACAGCUGCCGGGAUCUGUGUGCCAGGGACGAGCCGCAGGCGGGGGUGCCGAGGGCUGGGCUGGAGCAGCUUUUUGUCCCGGUGCGGGGCCAUUGCCGCGGGGUUGGGGUCCCUGGGAAGGCGCAGGAGCACAGCGGGGCAGGGUUGGUUUGUGGAUUUGUGGUUGCGAUGUUUUGUUGGCGGCCCCGGGCGGGCUGUGCGAGCCGGGAGCGGCCGGCCGGGCCCGCAGCCGGCGCUGGGGCCGGGAGCCCCCGGGCAGAGCUCUGUGCUCGGGGCCGAGCCCCGGGCGGCCGCUCAGAGGCAGCCCCGGCUGCGGGGGUCCCCGAGGGUCCCCGGGCAGGGGGCGGCGGGGGCUGCCGGAGCUCUGUGCCCGGGGCUGGGCGCGGCUGCCCAGGGAGCGGAGGGUGCAGGGUCCCCCCGUGCUGGGGCUGGCUCUGCCCGGCCCAGGGGCUGCGCUGUCAGCCCGGAGCCGCGUGGGGAUCGCUCGCUACCGGCAGGGCUGGCAGGGAAACCGGCAAUGGGGGGAGCACAGACGGGCAAUACGAGAGCUGGGCUGUUCCAGAAGCCUGGAGGUGUUGGGAGCAUGGACAGGGGGCACCCAUGGAUACCCCGGGAGCCUGAAACAGGGACCCCGGACAGUGCUGACCCCUGGGACGCCUGUGAUGCCAAAGUGGUGAGCCCAGAGAAGGGGAACCUGUGGCAUUGCCAGGAGCCCCAGCAGCCCAGAGAGGGGGAGCACCAAUGCAAACUUGACCCGCAGCAACCCAGACAGGGUGGGGGUCUCCAGGAGCCCAAAGUGGAGAGGCCAGAAAGGGGAAACUCAGGGUUUGGGUUUUGCUGAAUCUUGGUUUUUAAUAUAUUUUGGGGGUCUAAAUCUUGCUGUUUUCGAGGCUUUAAUGGUUACCAGAUGACCGGUGACUUUUAGAGAUGGACUUGGGCAGUAGGACUCCCCUGACCCAAUGUGCCCAUACAUUGUUUUCCCCAAUCCAGGACUUCUUAUUCCCAAAGCUUGGCUGGAUGGAGAGGGAGGCUACAAGAAAGAGGAAGAUUCCCCGGGUCACCCAGGCAGACAAGGAGCUGAGGAUGGAGAGCAGGGAGGACAAAUCCCCACGGCAGAACCUCAUGGAAGAGACCAUUUUGAGCAACUCCAGGGCACAGGAAUCCAACGGGGAGGAAAAGCCCUGGAGAUCCCACAGGAGGAGGGGCUGCAAACCCAGCCCAGGGUGCUCCGAGGAGAAAAGACCCACCCUGUGCCAGGAAGGUGGACAGAGCUCCAGCCAGAGCUCAGAGCUGGAAGUCCAUGAGCAGGUUCACCAUGGGGAGAAGCCCUACAAGUGCUUGGAGUGUGGGAAGAGCUUCAGGCGGAGCAACACCCUGAUCUGCCACCAGAUGAUCCACACUGGGGAAUGGCCCUACGAGUGUGGGGAGUGUGGGAAGGGCUUCAGCUGCAGCUCCAAACUUGUCAUCCACCAGCGCAUCCACACUGGGGAGAGGCCCUACGAGUGUCCCCAGUGUGGGAAGAGGUUUCACACCAGCUCCAAUCUCCUCCUGCACGAGCGGAUCCACACUGAGGAGAGGCCCUUCCGCUGCCCUGACUGCGGGAAGGGUUUCAACCGCAACUUCAGCCUCGCCACCCACCGGCGCAUCCACACUGGGGAGAGGCCCUACAAGUGUCCCCAGUGUGGGAAGAGCUUUACCCGGAGCUCUGCCUUGACCAAACACCAACGGAGCCACCAGUGAGGGAAGCCCUGCGAGUGCCCCAACUGCCGGAGGAGCUUUGUGCACCGCUCCAGCUUCAUCCCCCAUUGAAGAACCCACAUUGGGAAGAGCCCUGGUGAUCCCUGUUCCCUGUGAUCCAUGCUGGGAAGACACCUGUACCUUCUCCUGCCCCUGCCAAUGACCUGAUGUGGGAUUGAAGAACAUGAGGGUCUGGCCAUGGCCCUGUCAUUACAUUCACAACUAUCUCAGGUCAUUGCCAGGGACAGGAAAGGGACCCUCUCUCUCUCUCUCUCUCCCCCUUAGGAGAAGGGUGUCCUUCCCCAGCAGGAGGAAAUACAUGGCCGGGAAGGGACAGUCACUGAUGUUGAAAUUUUCCCUGUAAAUAGUUUUUCUUAUCCCUUCUGUUGUCAGUAUUGUUUCUGUUCCUGUUUGUUCUUUAUCUCGUUGCUGUUCCCAGUAAAUUGUUCUUAUCCCA